AAUAGUCAAAGAGAAAAUUGAGGGAAAAAGACACACAUUCAAGGCUGACAAUCAUGUGCAAAGGCAAGGACAACUUCUUACAAAAGCUAAACAAAAACAAGUGGAUUUGUCAAAAAAUGCUCGUUUUGAGCAAAUAUGGAAAAGCAGGCGAGGAAAGGAUUAUAUGCACGAUGAUGCACUCAAUGAGGUGUGCCGACUGUAUAAUGUUGUUCGUGUUGAUACACAUGAAAAUCCUCAUAAAUUCCCUGAAGGAGAUGAGGAGUUGGAAGAUCAUAGAAUGAUGUCACAAUAUUUGCCGCUUUUAAGAGAAUGCAUGCCAAGUGCUGCUGAGGAAAUUGAGUCUGAUAUGCACGACUAUAUCUCCAAAAGAGG